AUGUGCACGCCCCGCGAUGUGUGUCUCCCUCCCUCCCUUUCUUUUCUCUCUGUCUGCCUCCACCACCACUGCCACCAUCCUCCUCCCCCUUCGGUUUUCUUGGUCGUACCGUGCGCACGUGACAACGUCGAUCGGUGGCCAUCGCGCGCUGUGGGUCAGCAUCACGAGAUUCCCUUGAUUGUGCCUCUGUUCUUACUUCACAGUCGCGGUUUCUUUUUCAUCGACCACCACGUGCACCUCUGCCGCGCUCCACACACCCGCUCGGCAGACCGGAAAAUGAGCGCGAACGCGAAGGUAUCGGAGGGCUCUCUCACUGAGGAGCAGAUUGUGCAGCAGUACAACCGCAUGCGUCAGGAGCAGAGCGCCAUCAUGUCCCGCAUUGCCGAACUGGAGAAUGAGUCCCACGAGCACGACCUCGUCGCGAGGGAACUGCGCCCGCUCAACAAGGACCGCUGUUGUCAUCGUCUUGUCGGUGGUGCUCUAGUGGAGCUCACGGUGGGCGAGGUGCUGCCAGACAUUGAGGAGAACUUAGCUGCCAUCCGCGAAGCGCUCACGCAGCUAAACAAGGGCCUCAUGGAGAAGGAGAAGCAGAUGGAUGAAUUCAUGACAACGUACAAGCUGAACCGCCCCGGCGCGAACCAGGCCGUGACGGCCAGUCAGAGCACCGAGGCCAAUCGCGGCGUGCUGGCGUAA